AUGGUUGUUCUGUUUCAGAAUCUUCGCCCGGCAGUUACGACUCGCUCGUGGCGGCUUCCGCUUGUCAAACUCGAACUCUGGCUCAGUCUCCUCCUUCACCGGCUGCGCACGAUGAUCCCAUCAAUACGACACUCAAACAUUCUCACUUUGUUGUUGAUCCUGGUUCUCGUUGCUCCGUCCGGAUUCGCAACACAAAAACAGCAGAAUUUGGAUGAAUGUCCAGGAUACAAUGCGCAGAAUGUUCAGGUAUCCGACAGAGAACUCACAGCAGACUUGGUGCUUGCAGGAAAGCCCUGUGGAAUCUACGGAGACGAGCUGGAAAAGCUGUCCUUGCGAGUGCAAUACCAAACAGAUUCUAGAAUACGUGUUCAGGUGACGGAUCCAGAGCAGACACGCUACGAAGUACCUGAAAGCAUCUUCCCGCGACCAUCAUCAUCCACCGGAGCUAUCACGCCGAAGAUCAAGUUUCGGUUUGCAGCGAGUCCAUUUAGCUUCUCAAUCGUUCGGGUGGAUACGAAUGAGGUUCUCUUUGAUACCUCCGCUGCACCGCUGAUCUUCGCGCCGCAGUAUUUGCGCUUGAAGACGACAUUGCCUCUGAACGCGAACAUAUAUGGACUAGGAGAACAUACGGAAUCUUUUCGAUUACCCAUAGAGCAGGGUGUUACGCGUACCCUUUGGGCACGAGAUGCCAUCCGUAUUCCAACGGGCACAAACCUCUACGGUGCACAUCCGAUCUAUGUUGAGCAGCGACAUACGGGGGCUCAUGGGGUAUUCCUUCUCAAUUCGAAUGGGAUGGACGUCAAGAUCAAGAACGAGGGUAGCCACGGAUCCCUGGAGUACAAUAUCAUCGGCGGCAUUCUGGAUCUAUACUUCUUUGCCGGACCAACACCAGUGGACGUGGCUCGGCAAUAUGCACAAGUAGCUGGACUGCCUGUCGAGUUUCCGUACUGGAGCUUUGGGCUGCAUCAAUGCCGUUUUGGCUAUAAAGAUGUCGAAGAAGUCAGACAAGUCGUUGCCAACUACAGUGAAGCAGGGAUUCCUCUGGAGACAAUGUGGAUUGAUAUCGAUUACAUGGACGACCGCUUGGUUUUCACGACCGAUCCAGUCGCGUAUCCAAAGGCAGAGGUCCAGAAAUUGGUCAAAGAUCUGCACUCGAAAAACCAACAGCUAGUCAUGAUGGUCGACCCCGCAAUUGGCACCCGUGCCGGAGUCUCUGGAGCAUACGAGCGAGGGUCGAUCGCAGAUGUAUGGCUCAAAGGACCAGAUGGGCAGCCUCACAUCGGAAUCGUUUGGCCAGGCACUGUCGUCUUUCCAGACUGGUUCCAUCCUAGUGCGCAACCGUUUUGGACGGACGAGUUCAAGCGCUUCUUCAAUCCAAAUGAUGGAAUUGACAUAGACGCGGCAUGGAUUGAUAUGAACGAACCUGCUUCGUUCUGUUAUCAACCAUGCACCGUAACGCCAAAUACGGUGGACGUCAAUCAGCUUAUGCUCACCCUAGGAGAUGUUCCGCCGUUGGAGGAUGAAGAAUCAGACUACGAGGGAAUCAAUCUACAGCGUCCGCCUUAUGCAAUCAACAACGACCUUCCGAGACUCAGUGACCGUACGGCACCAGUUGAUGCUGUUCACCACAACGGUCUACUGGAAUAUGAUACUCACAAUUUGUACGGAAGCAUGAUGUCAAUGGCCACUAGAGAAGCUAUGCUCGCGAGGCGUCCAGGAGUCCGACCAUUUAUCAUUACUCGUUCGACGUUUGCCGGUAUCGGAGCCAAGGUCGGUAAAUGGCUAGGGGAUAAUGUCAGUGAUUGGGUGCAAUAUCGUUUCUCGAUCGCUGGUAUGCUCGCCUUUUCCAGUAUUUAUCAAGUACCGAUGGUUGGAUCGGAUGUAUGUGGAUUCGUUGACAACACCACUGAAACUCUCUGUGCUCGUUGGGCAAUGCUUGGCGCAUUCUCACCAUUCUAUCGAAACCACAACGACAUCGCAUCGAUUCCGCAAGAAUUCUAUCGCUGGCCCAUUGUCGCACGAGCCGCAAAGAUGGCAAUCGACAUCCGGUAUCGGCUCCUCGACUAUCUCUACACCGCGUUCCACCGUGCGCAUCUUGACGGGACCCCCGUUGUCCAGCCCCUCUUCUUCGCCUAUCCGCAGGACAGUGCAACUUAUGGUAUCGAGCAUCAGUUCCUCUUUGGAGAAAGCGUCCUCGUAUCUCCGGUUCUCGACGAGGGGAACGACGUGGAGAUUUACCUUCCCGACGACAUUUUCUACGACUUUGGAUCCAAGCGGGCUAUAUAUGGCUCGGCUGAAAAGGCGUGGGUGCGACAAGUCGCCAUGGACGAGAUUCCGCUACUCAUCAAGGGUGGCUCAAUCCUUCCUCUCCGUGUGGAAAGCGCCAUGACGACAAAAGCAUUACGGGAGAAGGACUUUGAGCUCUUCGUCGCCCCUGGCUCAGAAUGGACUGCGAAGGGAAGCCUUUACAUGGAUGAUGGUGUCAGCAUCGAGCAGGAAGCGACGCUCGAUGUUGUUUACGAAUUUGAUGGAGCAAAUCUGCUCGUCACGACGAGUGGCCGGUACGACGUUGGUCGACUACGAUAUACGAAGAUUACAUUCCUUGGCGUGUACGAGGCCCCCGUCGGAGUCAAGCUCUCCGUGAAGAGCGGAAAGACGAUCAAGGUUGAGGAUGCCAAGUGGGACGGAGCACUGGAAACAUUCACCGUGGGUGUGGGCAUCUCGCUCGUUGAGAGCUUUUACAUUACAUUGGAAUGGGAUACGGCAGCCGAAGGAGGGAAACAUGGCUCUCAUCCGGCACACGACGAACUUUAG